AUGGAUUUCAAAAAUUCUAAAAAGCUUCUUCCGGAUAAGGGCAGAGAAAACAGAGAGAUACGAGUUAGGGGUGACAGAGUCGACAUCAAUUCAAAUGAGAUGAAUUCCAAAAAUUCUGGAAGGCUUCUUCCGGAUAAGGGCAGAGAAAACAGAGAUAUACAACUUUUGAAUGACAGGGUCGGCAUUAAUUCAAAUGAGAAUCUACUAGCAAGAGAUGUAACACGCGCGCAAGAUGCGAGAAGAAUUUCUAAAUGUACCAUAUUUUAUAUAAUUUCGAUUAUACUUUCAAGCUCAGCACUGAUCGUGCUAGGUGUACGUCUAUAUCAUUUAACAUCAUUGCCUGAGUAUUCUAAAAGUCCUGAGUCAUCUAAAGACGUAAAUGAAGUGAUAAAAGGUUGGACCAACAAUGAAACGAUACCAGAUUUGAAGUCUAGACUGUGGGGGACUCACAAUAACGAUGCGGUGAAUAGUAAUGGCACUAGCAGCAUCGGUCUCAUAGAAGAAUCUCAUUGCAAGCCCAUCCACAACAAUGUCACUAAGCCUUUCAGAAAAUCUCUACAAAAAUGUCUGGAAUAUCAAAGCAGAUACGUAUAUCCGUGUCGGGAGAGUGCGACGCCCAAUGAAGGAAUGGUCCGGUUGAACCACUGCAACUGGAGGCCGGAGGGUUUGAUAAUUGACGGAGAAAAUGCUUAUUUCGGAGAGUUUCCUCAUAUGGUUCUUCUCGGGUACGACACAGUGGGUGAUGAUGACGGAAAAUGGAAAUGUGGUGGGGUUUUGCUCAGUGAGAAGUUUGUGUUGACUGCGGCUCACUGCACGUCUACUGAGAGGAAAGAAGUAAAAUAUAUCAGAAUUGGAAUUUUAUUCAGAAACCAAACAAAAACUCCAACAAAUAUGUAUACUGUGAAGCGAAUAUACAGACACCCACGUUACAGGUCACCAUAUCAUUAUCACGACAUUGCCCUUUUGGAGAUGAAUGAAGUUAUGCAGUUAGAUCGAUACGCUUUGCCAGCUUGUCUGCACGACGGCAGCCGCAUAGAUGACUCGGUCGUCAUCGCCACUGGUUGGGGCACUACUGAGAUAAGGAAGCAUUCCUAUCCGCUCUACCUACAGAAGGUUACCUUAGAAAAGUACUCAGAUGAAUAUUGUGGCCAUCGAUACCGAAACUCAAUGCGCCGUUUAAAUCGCGGCUAUGACAAACGUACUCAAGUGUGCUAUGGAGAUAAACAUUCUUCUCGUGAUACUUGUGAAGGAGACAGCGGAGGUCCAACUCAAAUAAAACACCCUCAAGUGAAAUGCAUGUACCUGAUAACUAGUAUUAUUAGCUUUGGCAAGUGGUGCGGCGACUCAUCCUCUCCCGGGCUGUACACCCGAGUGGCGCAUUACCUGGACUGGAUAGAGUCCAUCGUGUGGACCGAC